AUGGCGGCACUUGUCAAGGCGGCGAACGCCAAGAUCAGAUCCAACCCCAUGCUGAGCUACGUUUGCUCGACUCACUUCUGGGGUCCCGUAUCCAACUUUGGCAUUCCUGUGGCCGCUGUCCUGGACACGCAGAAGAGCCCUGACCUCAUCUCGGGACAGAUGACGGGUGCUCUGUGCGUCUACUCUCUGACCUUUAUGCGCUACUCCCUCGCCGUAACACCCCAGAACUACCUCCUCUUCGCAUGCCACUUUGUCAACGAGUGCGCCCAGCUCACGCAAGGGUACCGAUACCUGUCAUACCACAACUGGGGAGGCAAAGAGAAGCUGCAACUUGAAAAGGGCGUCGAGGCGGCCAAGGCAAAGGUCGAAAAGGUCGGCGACAGCGUCAAGAGCGCCGUCAGCAAGUAA